CCUUCGAUCAUUCGUAGUGCUACACACAUACUUCAUGACAUGUUCAAUACAUCGUGUUUGGAUACCGAGGAACCGGAAGGGGUCGAGCGACCUAGGGGUCGACAACCACGGCGGAACAAGAGUGCGUUUGAGUACAUUCGCGGUCGUGGCCGUGGCCGUGGUCGUACAUCCUCAUCAAGUGGCAGCCAAUCAUCGUCGUCGGUGAAUAUGCCCGGCACCGGGAGAAUGGACAUUGAACAUUUUCCAUAUAAGGACAGGAUCCCUAAUAUCAUGAUGCCAUUCUUGGACGGGUGGAAUGAUGUCAUUGCAGAUGGUAACUGCGGAUUUCGGGUUGUGGCGGAUGUGUUUCAAAUGGGUGAAGACAACUACGGUUUAGUGCGGCAGUUGAUGUACAGUGAAAUCGCAUCAAACCGAGAUGUGUAUGGCCAUGUGUACGGCGAGGACUUGGAUAGGUCUCUGCAGCGUAUCCGGUGGGGAGGGGGACCUUGCGGUCAAAAUCAUUGGUUCGAUGCGCCACUUGAUCUCUUUGCCGUUGCAAACAUCUACAAGUGUGCAGUCAUGCAUUUCGGCCUUGGUUUACAUAGUCGAGCCUAUUAUCCAUGUACAACGGUUCUGCCCUGGUGUUCGCGCGAGACCGCAUAAGAGGCAGUGGCAGGUGGCACAUCGUCAUCAUCUGCGUCGUCGAUGUCUUUGAUCAACCUC